AUGCAGUCCUCCCCAAACAUGCUCACCAAGGAUCGCUACUCACCAUCCUCUCGUGUACAGUUUGAGUCCAAAUCAUCCAGAGCCAAAGGAAUUGCCUUCCAUCCUAAACGGCCAUGGAUCCUAGUAUCGCUUCAUUCGUCCACUAUUCAACUAUGGGACUACCGCAUGGGUACCCUCAUUGACCGCUUCGAAGAACACGACGGCCCCGUUCGAGGCAUUGACUUCCAUCCGACCCAGCCCCUCUUCGUGUCCGGCGGUGAUGAUUACAAGAUCAAGGUUUGGAGCUACCAGACUCGGAGAUGUCUGUUCACACUCAAUGGUCAUCUGGACUACGUGCGGACGGUCUUCUUCCAUCAUGAACUCCCCUGGAUUCUCUCCGCGUCGGACGAUCAGACGAUCCGGAUAUGGAACUGGCAGAACCGGUCUUUGAUUUGUACGAUGACUGGUCAUAAUCACUACGUGAUGUGCGCGCAAUUUCACCCCACCGAAGAUCUGAUUGCCUCCGCCUCCCUGGAUCAGUCCGUUCGCAUUUGGGAUAUUUCCGGACUGCGGAAGAAGCACUCGGCUCCUACCACAAUUUCGUUCGAAGAUCAGAUGGCUCGAGCCAACCCCAGCCAAGCGGACAUGUUCGGAAACACCGAUGCAGUUGUUAAGUUUGUGUUGGAGGGCCAUGACCGUGGUGUUAACUGGGUGUCCUUCCACCCCACUCUCCCCCUGAUUGUCUCCGCCGGUGACGAUCGCCUCAUCAAGUUGUGGCGGAUGAGUGAUACGAAAGCGUGGGAGGUCGACACCUGCCGUGGCCACUUCCAGAAUGCCUCCGCCUGUCUGUUCCAUCCGCACCAGGACCUGAUUCUCUCCGUCGGCGAAGACAAGACAAUUCGGGUCUGGGACCUGAACAAGAGAACCUCUGUGCAGUCUUUCAAACGGGACAUGGACCGAUUUUGGGUCAUCGCCGCUCACCCUGAGAUCAACCUUUUCGCCGCCGGCCACGACACCGGUGUCAUGGUUUUCAAGCUGGAACGGGAGAGACCUGCGUCUGCGGUGUACCAGAACCAGCUUUUCUACAUCACCAAAGAGAAGCAUGUCAAGUCGUACGACUUCGCCAAAAAUGUUGAAUCUCCCCCGAUGCUCUCAUUGCGGAAGCUCGGGUCCGCCUGGGUGCCGCCUAGAACGGUUUCAUACAACCCCGCUGAGCGCGCCAUCCUUGUCACUUCGCCCACGGACGGUGGCAUCUACGAGCUGAUUCACCUCCCAAGGGAUGCCACUGGAGCUGUCGAACCCACCGAUGUCAAGCGCGGCCAGGCCUCUUCCGCAGUUUUUGUUGCCCGCAACCGAUUUGCUGUCUUCAGCCCGGCCAACCAGCAGGUGGAUAUCAAGGAUCUGAGCAAUUCGACGACCAAGACUAUCAAACCCCCGGCGGGAACGACCGACAUCUACUUCGGUGGAACCGGCUGUCUCCUCUUCAUCACUCCCACUCAUGUCGUCCUUUUCGACAUUCAGCAGAAGAAGCAACUCGCCGAGCUGGCGGUUGCCGGCGUCAAGUAUGUGGUUUGGUCGAACGAUGGCCUAUAUGCAGCCCUACUCAGCAAGCACAAUGUCACGAUUAUCACCAAGAGCCUGGAACAAGUGAGCACAUUACAUGAGACGAUCCGCAUCAAGAGCGCGGCUUGGGAUGAUGCCGGUGUCCUUCUGUACUCCACUUUGAACCAUGUGAAGUAUUCUCUUCUGAACGGCGACAACGGCAUUAUCCGCACCCUCGAACACACGGUUUACCUCGUCAAGGUCAAGGGUCGAAGUGUCUACUGUCUUGAUCGUAACGCCAAGCCUAGGGUUCUGGAGAUCGACCCCACGGAAUACCGUUUCAAGUUGUCUCUGGUCAAGAGAAACUACGACGAGAUGCUUCAGAUCAUCAAGACGUCUAGCUUGGUCGGCCAAAGUAUCAUCUCUUAUCUGCAGAAGAAGGGUUACCCCGAGAUCGCCCUGCAGUUCGUCCAGGAUCCUCAGACUCGCUUCGAACUCGCUCUCCAGUGUGGUAACCUGGAUGUCGCCAUUGAGAUGGCGAGAGAGCUGGACCGCCCUAACAUGUGGAGCCGGCUCGGAGCGGAGGCCCUGGCUCACGGUAACCACCAGACGGUAGAGAUGGCUUACCAGAAGCAGCGAAACUUUGAUAAGCUGUCAUUCCUGUAUCUGUCUACCGGUGACCAAGAGAAGCUGUCGAGAAUGGCUAAGAUCGCAGAGCACCGUGGCGAUUUCACCUCUCGCUUCCAGAACGCUAUCUAUCGGGGCGAUAUCGAGGAUCGGAUCCAGAUGUACAAGGAAGUUGAUCUAUACCCCUUGGCGUAUCUCACUGCCAAGGCUCAUGGCUUGACUGAGGAGGCUGAAUCUAUUCUCGAAGCGUCUGGCCUGACGGAAGACCAGAUCACUCUGCCGAACAUUGACGAGCCUUCGCGGGUGCCGCACCCCAUCGCUCCCACUUUCAAGGCAAACUGGCCUGUUAAAGCUGCUGCCCACUCGUCCUUCGAGAAGGCCUUGCUCGGAGAAGUUGGUGCGGUUGAUGACGAUGCCGCCGCUAUCGGCUACGAGCCCGAGGAGGAAGAGGAAGCCGUUGCGGCUCAAGAGACUCUGGACGAUGAGGAGGAUGUCGGCGGAUGGGACAUGGGAGAAGAGAUCAACGUCGAGGAGGAUGUUGACUUUGUCAAUGUGGACAGCGCAGAGGCCGGCGCAGGCAGUACUGAAGCCGAUCUUUGGGCUCGGAAUUCCCCUCUGGCAGCCGACCAUGUUGCUGCUGGAUCCUUCGACUCCGCUAUGCAGCUCCUGAACCGCCAGGUGGGCGCUGUCAACUUCACCCCUCUCAAGCCCCGUUUCCUUGAAAUCUACAAGGCCUCGAAGACGUAUCUGCCUGCCGCGGCUGGUCUUCCUCCUUUGGUGAACUAUGUGCGUCGGACAGUCGAUGAGACCGACAGCCGCAAGGUUCUGCCUGUCAUCCCUAGAGACUUGGAAACGAUUGCCAAUGCCGACCUGCAAGAAGGUUACGCUGCCAUGCGGGCCAACAAACUGGAAGAUGGAGUCAAGAUCUUCAAGCGUAUCCUACACUCCGUCUUGGUGAAUACCGUCUCCUCGGAGGCCGAGGUUGAACAGGCAAAGAAGAUCAUCGAAACUGCCCGCGAAUACAUUGUCGCUAUGUCCAUUGAGCUGGAGCGCCGUUCCCUUUCGACGGAUGAUCCUGAGAACCUCAAGAGAAGCCUUGAGCUCUCUGCCUACUUCACAAUCCCCAAGUUGGAGGUGGCUCAUCGUCAGCUCGCCUUGAUGGCUGCCAUGAAGUUCUCGUUCGCCAACAAGAACUACUCAUCGGCCCUCAGCUUUGCUAACCGCAUGCUGGCCAACGGCGGUUCCGCCAAGCUUCUUGAACAGGCCAAGAAGAUUAAGGCGCAGUGCGAGCGCAGCCCGCAGGACAAGAUCGACAUCGAAUUCGACCAGUUUGCCGAGUUCGACAUCUGCGCUGCUUCGCACACUCCCAUCUACAGUGGAUCUCCUAGCGUUUCGGAUCCCUUCACCGGAGCCAAGUAUCAUGAACAGUACAAGGGCACCGUGUGUCGGGUAUCCGAAGUCACCGAGAUCGGUGCGCCGGCCAGCGGUCUGCGCUUGUUCGUGCCCGGCCAAUUUUGA